UCGUCGACCGAGAGCCUACGGAGCAGCCGUACCUGGGACCGGGAGAAAUACGUAUACUCCGUAUCGAUAGGAAUAAUUUGUGACAUCGAGGCCUGGUUGUAUCGAAGGCCCAAUUUGGAAGACUCCCACUUACGGAGCGAAGAUGGCGGCUACUUUGGUUUUGCUACUAGGGCCGGGAAUACUCCUACUUCCAGUGAUGGAGGCCGCGGCUCCGGACCCCUCCUGCCCAGCACCGUGUGUGUGCGAGGGGAGAAUGCUGGACUGCAGCAGAAGGAGGCUAGGUCGGCUCCCCGCAAUGCCUUUGCCAGAGGGGAUAACCAGCCUGGAGAUCAGCCACAAUUGGUUGACUGUUUCCAACAGUAGCUUGGUGCCAGAACUGUAUUCACUGCAAGAAGUGAAGAUGAAUUAUAAUGAGUUAAGUGCGAUUCCCCAUCUUGGAGAGCCAACUUCAAACAUAACACUUUUGUCACUUGUACACAAUAAAAUCUCAGACUUGAAUGCAGAUCUGCUACAGCAGUACCAGUCACUGGAAACUCUAGACUUGAGCUCCAAUCUCCUCACUGAAAUAAAGUGCUCGUUUUUUCCACGGAUACCACUCAAACACCUAAACCUGAGCAACAAUAGAAUAGCUAUAUUGGAGCCUGGUUCCUUUGACAAUUUGUCAAGCUCCCUCAUCAUCUUGAAGUUAAACAGAAACAAAAUUACUGUAAUUCAACCAAAGACCUUCAAACUUCCUUAUCUGCAGUACCUGGAGGUUAGGCGUAAUCGUAUAAAAAUUGUGGAGAGCCUCACAUUCCAAGGACUGGAUUCCCUAAAAUCUUUGAAAAUGCAGCGUAACGGAAUAACCAAACUAAUGGACGGAGCGUUUUUUGGCCUGGACAACAUGGAACAACUGGAGUUGGAGCAUAAUAAUGUCACUGACAUUAACAAAGGUUGGCUGUAUGGCUUGCGGUCCCUGCAGCAGCUCUAUAUGAGCCAGAAUGUCGUUCACAGGAUCAGUCCAGAUGCGUGGGAGUUCUGCCAGAAACUCUUGGAUCUAGAUUUAUCCUAUAACCAGCUGAGUCGUUUGGACGACUUUGCAUUUGCUGGACUGAGCUCAUUGGAAAAAUUGAGCCUGGGGGACAACCAAAUAAAUCAUAUUGCCGAAGGUGUUUUUAAAGGACUUGCAAAUCUUGUGACUUUAGACCUUCAGAACAAUGAAAUAUCAUGGGCUAUUGAAGAUUCAAAUGAGGUGUUUGCUGGACUCCUAAGACUACAUACACUCAUUUUGCAGGGGAACAAGAUUAAAUCCAUCACAAAGAAAGCUUUUACCGGCCUGGAUUUACUUCAGCAUCUAGACCUUAACAACAAUGGUAUCAUGUCUGUGCAAGAAGAUGCCUUUUCUCACAUGAAACUCCAAGAGAUAGUCUUAAACACCAGCCACUUGCUGUGUGACUGUCAGUUAAAGUGGUUACCCCAGUGGCUUACUAACAGUGGUUUUCAGCAAUCUGUUAAUGUGAGCUGUGCGCACCCCGAUUGGCUGGCUAGGCGUCCUCUAUUUAGCGUGAAUCCUGAAGAUUUUAUCUGUGAUAAUUUCCCCAAACCCCAGAUUAAGGUGCACCCUGAAACCACAGUUGCAUUGAGGGGAAUGAAUGUCACUCUGACCUGCUCUGCUGGAAGUAGCAGUGACACCCCCAUGUUCACAGCUUGGAGGAAAAACAGUGAAAUCCUGUAUGAUGCAGAGGUGGAGAACUUUGCAAGGUACCAGAAGCAUGGAGCCGAAGUCAUAGAGUACACCACUGUCUUGCAUUUGUUCAAUGUCAACUUUACUGAUGAUGGGAAAUACCAGUGCGUCAUCACCAACCACUUUGGGUCCAAUUAUUCCAGCAAAGCAAAACUCACAGUAAAUGAAAUGCCCACAUUUAUAAAAACCCCUAUGGACCUGACAAUCCGCACCGGUGCUAUGGCCCGUUUGGAAUGUGCAGCAGAAGGCCAUCCACUUCCACAAAUUGCGUGGCAGAAAGACGGAGGGACAGAUUUUCCUGCUGCCCGAGAACGGCGUAUGCAUGUAAUGCCAGAAGACGAGGUCUUGUUUAUAGUGAAUGUUAAAAUUGAAGACAUGGGAUUAUACAGCUGCACUGCACAGAAUGCAGCAGGCAGCAUAUCUACCAAUGUUACAUUGACUGUAUUAGAAACUCCUUCUUUCAUAAGACCGUUGGAGGACAGAACUGUGGCUCGUGGAGAAACUGCUGUAUUGCAGUGUAUAGCAGGUGGAAGCCCAGCUCCACGUCUUAACUGGACCAAAGAUGAUGGCCCACUAGUGGUCACUGAGAGACACUUCUUUGCUGCAGCCAAUCAGCUGUUAAUCAUUGUUGAAGCUGGGCCAGAGGAUGCUGGGAAAUACACGUGCAGCAUGUCUAAUACACUUGGCACCGAGAGGGGUCAUAUUAACUUAUUUGUACUUUCUUCCCCAAACUGUGAUUCCUCUCAAAAUGUCAUGGGCUUUGAAGAGGAUGGCUGGACCACCGUUGGCAUAGUGAUCAUUGUUGUGGUGUGCUGUGUUGUGGGCACCUCCCUGGUCUGGGUUAUUGUCAUAUACCAUAUGAGAAGAAAAAGUGAGGAUUACAGCAUAACCAACACAGAAGACAUGAAUUUGCCGGCAGACAUUUCAAGCUACUUGUCUUCUCAGGGAACGCUUUCCGAGCCACCAGACGGUUAUAGUAACUCCGAGGCUGGCAGCCACCAGCAGCUUAUGCCUCCAGCAAGUGGCUGUACACACAAAGGAACAGAUGGUUUGUAUGUAGAUACUGGUAGUGAGGCAGAUGCAGAUAUCCUAAAUUCCCAGUACACACCCAAUGUACAAGCAAGAAUGCCUCAGUUAUACAAUGGCCGUAGCAGCAUCCAUCCAGUAGAUAUGCGGGAAGGUCCUAUUGUACCAGGUGCAGGGCAGGUGGUGAUUUGCUCUGAUUGUUAUGAUAAUGCCAACAUUUACUCAAGGACUCGGGAGUAUUGCCCUUAUACAUAUAUAACCGAGGAGGAUCCCGCGGACCAAGCGUUGUCUAACUUUGUAUCACAAAUACCAAAGGAUGCAUUCUCACCUCACUCCCAGCAUGAGAAUAGCAGCGAUGCUUUUCUAUGUCAGUCUUGGACUUUAAAGAAAGAUGUUCCACACUCGCAUUUCUGUCACCAGUCUAUACCAAUUCAUGAGAAAACAGUGCUUCAAAGUGAAGGACCACCUACAAACAAAACUGGAGAACAUUCUUUACCUAGGCCCUGUCCAAGACCAUGUGACCUGGACUGUGACUUGACCAGGACUCCAAAUAUUGGUAAUUACAAAGAAGCAACCUAAGGGCACUAAGUAUGCAAGCAGGUUCAUUUCAUUUGUAUUGACUACCUCAGAAUUAAUCCUGUGGCCAAAUAUUGCUCCAGUAUGUUUGUUUACAAACACAUGUCGAGUGGAACAAGGAAGUUUAUCGCAUUAAUAUGCUGAAGAGACCAUUCGCGGCUUGGACCGACCGCAUUUUAAGCACUUGUUGCUUUAUUGGACUUUUGCAUCAGCAAACUAUGGAAUGGACCAAGUUAAUGUGAGAGAUGUUGAGUUUGUGCUUAAAAAAGCAUAACUAAUUGAACAUAUCUCCUUUUUAUAGGUUUUAGGCAAUAUCCAUCCACUCAUCUGAUGACAUAACCAUAUAUAGGGUUUGCAAACAGCCAGUAAACAGAUGUAUAUGAAUGCAGGUCGCAUUUGAGAUAACUCCUACUAAUUUUAAAGUGUUUACCCUCUGAAUGUCAGAAAUAUGUCAUGAACUCCUCCAAGCACUCGAAUAUUUACCUCUAACGUAAUGGCUAUGGUACUUCAGAGGCACAAAUGCAUAAUAAAUAAUAGUCAGGAAUGAAUGCAUUCUGAGGUAACACUAUUCAGAGCCACAAUGAAAAGAUUUUUACAAGAAGUUAAAUAACAUUUUAAAGGAUGUACAUAAAUCAUUGGAGAGCAGUACAUCCAUAGAAAUCAAAUGGCAAAACUUAGUUGAUCUAUUAUGGCAGUAAUCCUUUUUUUCUUAUUUAUAAACACUAUCAUUUUUUCUUUACACAUAAUUAAUUUUCUCCAUGUUCUUGUUGAAUUUGUGAAUAUCAAGGGGUUAUCAGAAGUAGUGAAUUAUUCUCAUUCAGCUUUCGAAGGAAAACUAACAUGGUCAGUUUUGUCAGCUUGUAUGAAAUUGUGUUUAAACUAUUUUAAAAUAGAAAAAAUAUUUUGUUACAGUACUAGCUUUCAAUUGCAUAUGUUGUCAAGAACCUAGUGAAAGCUACUUUUCUUUGCACUUCCUGAAUUUCUUGCACUUCUGUUCUCAUUUCUGGUUUUCUCCAGUGAAGGCAAAUUACAUUGUCCAUGUUUGUUUAGUUUUUUUUAAUUAUCUGUGAAUAUUACAAUGCUAUUUCUAACGACCUUUAACGAUAUGCUUUAAACAUCAGAAGAAUCACCGGCCUCACAAUGUUUGCAUAUUUCAUAUUACAUGGACAAUUGUGGACAUUCAUGAAAAGCUGAUUCUGUUACUGUGACUUUUUUUUUUUUUGCAUACUGUGAUGUCGCUCACAGAUAUAGCUAGCUGCUGGUGUGUGAUGUAGUACUAUGCAUUAAUUACAAAAUUCAUAAUUUAGCUUUUUUUGAAGAGAAAAUUUUUGCAACUGUGC